AUGUUCAGCAUUUUCAAAAGUAAAAGUACCAACAAAAACUCUGAUAAUAAUAACAAUAUUGAUGAAAGAUCAAUUAGAGAAACGAUAGAUGAAAAUACAAGCACAAUAACGCCAGACCAAACUUCAAUAACAACCACAUCUGAAGAACCAAAAAUGAGCAACAGGAAAUUCAGACGAAUACCAAAACCAGGUAUCGGUAUUUGGUUAGAUUUAAAAGACAGAUUACCCUUCUAUAUACAAGAUUGGAAGGAUUCUGUGGAUUACAGAGUCAUUCCUGCAGUUCUGGAAACAUAUUUCAACAACGUAUUGCCUGCUAUUGCAUUUGCUCAAGAUAUGUUCGACAGAACUGAUAACUCAUACGGUGUCAACGAAGUUUUAUUAUCAAGCGCCAUGGCUGGUAUAGUGUUCGGUGUCCUAUCAGGGCAACCUCUAUGUAUCGUCGGUGUUACGGGUCCAAUUUCCAUUUUCAAUUAUACUGUCUAUGAAAUUAUUAAACCAUUAAAUACAAACUAUUUCGGAUUCAUGUUUUGGAUCUGUAUUUGGUCCAUGAUUUUCCAUUUCAUAUUGGCUAUAGGGAACGCUGUCUGCCUUUUGCAGUACGUCACGACAUUCCCCUGUGACAUAUUCGGACUAUUCAUUAAUAUCGUUUAUUUACAAAAAGGUGUUCAAAUCCUAGUGAAACAAUUCAAUAUUCAUGGUGAAGAUGUAGCAUCAGGAUUCGCUUCAAUUGUAUUAGCCAUCACAAUGACUGUCUGCGGGUUAACUUUCAAACAAUUUAUUCGUACCCCAUUUUUCAACCAUACGAUCCGUGUAAUCAUAUCAGAUUACGCAACGGCAUUAUCUGUUCUAUUCUGGUCUGCAUUCCCUCAUUUCGGUGGAUAUUUAGAUAACGUAAAUUUCGAGAAAUUACCCAUUACAAAAUCAUAUUUCCCUACAUCGGAUCGAUUCAGAGAUAGAUCGACAUGGUUAGCAUAUGCCAAGAUUUCCACAAAAGAUAUAUUCAUCGCUUUACCCUUUGGAAUCAUUAUGACAAUCCUUUUCUAUUUCGAUCAUAACGUUUCAUCAUUAAUGGCCCAAAAAUAUCAAUAUAAAUUAAAGAAACCAUCAUCGUUCCAUUAUGAUUUCUUCCUUUUGGGUAUCACCACGGGCGUUAGUGGGGUCCUAGGGAUCCCCGCUCCCAAUGGGUUAAUCCCACAAGCUCCACUACAUACUGAAUCCUUAUUAGUGUUAGAUGAGAAUCAAAAUGUUGUAAGAUGUGUAGAUCAACGAUUUACUAACACAGUACAAGGUCUAAUGAUGUUAGGAACUAUGACAAGACCAUUCCUGGUAUGUUUGGGUCAAAUACCACAAGCUGUCCUUUCAGGAUUAUUCUGGACAAUGGGUAUAAACGGUCUCAUUGAUAACGUGAUUAUUUACAGAAUCAUUUGGUUAUUCACUGACAAGAAGAAAAAAGAUCUCACUAACCCAUUGAAUAAAGUUUCAAGAAAAUCUUUGAUAAUAUUCCUUAUUUUUAGCCUGUGCGGAUUCGUUGCAGAAUUCUCAAUUACAAAUACGGUAGCGGCCAUUGGCUUCCCAUUAGUGCUUUUAUUGAGUGUAUUGGUAUGUUUCUUGUUCCCAAAAUUGAUACCAAAAGACGAAUUGGAUAUAUUGGAUGAAAGUGUCGCAAAGGAGUUUACAAUUAAGAAUUUGUUACUUGAUAACAUUUGUGAUCCUGAAUAUACCGGGGCAUUCCAUUCUGAUGAUGAGAUUGAUGACGAGGAAAAAUUAAACUCCACAGCGUCGAUAAAUAAUACAGAAUCUGCAUUCGUUGACGAGGAAGAAGAAGGAGAAAAUAACAUUUCCAAUUCAGACGCUAUCAAUCAUCGUGAAAUCAUUAAUGCGGAAGGGGUAUCGUCGACCUAA